GCAUCUUUCUCUUCACUGGAUUGUGAACCUCAGUCAGCCAGCAACAGAGCUCUGACAAACGUAAGGGAUCUCAGCUGGCAGCACAGAGAUUCUCUCAUUUUGUAGGAUAUCUAUAGAUAAAUGUAUCAUAUACUAUAUAUACAUGCAACUCGUCAGACCCUGGCAUUAACACAAAUAUGUGGUUACCUGCACUAAGGAAUCCAAAUAUACAGAUGCAGAAGUCCUCCAGCACUGAAACUACUCUUCCAGGGUCAUCCUGUCAUUCCUGUGAACAAUAAUCAAUCAUGGGAUCUGAAGUUAAUACUAGCAAAUAAAUGAAUUGCUUGAUCAUCUAUGACCAUCUAUACAUGCUUCAUCAUCACAAACCUUAUCAGUUUUAUGGCAUCAAGGAGACAGUGACCUUCAUUUCCACAACAUGCCUGUUAUCAUUGGACAAGGUGGUUACGAAGUUAUCACUUAUUUUCGGGAAGAAAAUAUUUGUGCUUCUUUGGCAUUCAUCAUUUGACAAAUGCAAGUAUUUGUUUUAUCAAGUGACCAGCUCUUACUGAAGUUGAAAACAGCAUCUGUGGUAUCCUUAAGGGCCCAUUACUUUUCUGAAGACUUGAGCUAAAAUGAAGGACAUGCCACUCAAAAUUCAUUUUCUACUUGGCCUAGCUAUCACUGCAUUUGUACAAGCUGUAGAUAAAAAGGUAGACUGCCCUCAGUCAUGUACCUGUGAGAUCAGACCUUGGUUUACCCCAAGAUCCAUAUAUAUGGAAGCUCCAACAGUGGACUGUAAUGAUUUAGGCCUUGUUAAUUUCCCAACAAGACUGCCUGCUGACACACAGGUUCUACUUCUACAGACAAACAACAUUGCAAAAAUUGAACACUCAGUAGACUUCCCCGUGAACCUUACUGGUCUCGAUUUAUCUCAAAACAAUUUAUCCUCAGUGAUCAGUAUUAACCUUAGAAAGAUGCCACAGCUUCUUUCGGUGUACCUUGAGGAAAACAAACUUACUGAGCUGCCUGAAGAAUGUCUGUCUGGACUGAACAAUUUGCAAGAACUCUACAUUAAUCACAACUUGCUUUCCACAAUUGCAUCAGGAGCUUUUAUAGGCCUUGAUAAUCUUCUUAGACUUCAUCUCAAUUCAAAUAGCCUACAGAUGAUCAACAGUAAGUGGUUUGAAGCUAUUCCUAACCUUGAGAUUCUCAUGAUUGGAGAAAAUCCGAUCAUCAAAAUCGAAGAAAUGAACUUUAAGCCUCUUAUCAAUCUGCGCAGCCUGGUUUUAGCAGGCAUAAAUCUCACUCAAAUACCUGAUAAUGCUUUGGUUGGCCUUGACAAUUUAGAAAGCAUCUCAUUUUAUGACAAUAGAUUUGUUAAAGUGCCCCAUGUUGCUCUUCAAAAAGUUACAAAUCUCAAAUUUUUGGAUCUAAAUAAGAAUCCUAUUAACAGAAUACGAAGAGGAGAUUUUAGCAAUAUGCUGCACCUAAAAGAAUUGGGAAUUAAUAACAUGCCUGAACUAAUUUCUAUAGAUAGUCUUGCUGUUGACAAUUUGCCAGAUUUAAGAAAAAUAGAAGCUACCAAUAACCCCAGAUUAUCAUACAUCCAUCCAAACGCUUUCUAUAAACUUCCCAAGCUAGAAUCACUCAUGCUCAAUAGUAAUGCACUUAGUGCCCUGUACCGUAAUACAAUAGACUCUUUACCUAACCUCAAGGAAAUCAGUAUACACAGCAAUCCAAUCAGAUGUGAUUGUGUCAUCCGCUGGAUUAACAUGAAUAAAACCAACAUUCGAUUCAUGGAGCCAGAUUCAUUAUUUUGUGUGGAUCCUCCAGAAUUUCAAGGCCAGAAUGUGAGGCAGGUACACUUUAGGGAAAUGAUGGAAAUCUGCCUCCCACUGAUAGCGCCUGAAAGUUUUCCCUCAACUCUGGAUUUAGAAACUGGCAGCUAUGUUUCCUUACACUGCAGAGCAACAGCAGAACCAGAACCUGAAAUAUACUGGAUAACACCAUCAGGUCACAAACUUUUGCCUAAUACAGUUAUUGAUAAAUACUAUGUCCAUUCUGAAGGAACAUUAGACAUAAGUGAUGUUACACGAAAAGAAAGUGGACUAUAUACAUGCAUAGCAACUAACCUAGUUGGAGCAGAUUUAAAAUCAGUUAUGAUUAAAGUGGACGGUUCCUUCCCCCAGGACAGCAAUGGAUCUUUGAAUAUUAAAAUAAAAGAAGUGCAAUCUAAUUCUAUUCUGGUGUCUUGGAAAGCAAGUUCUAAAAUUCUGAAAUCCAGCAUUAGAUGGACUGCAUUUCAGAAGACCGAGAACUCUCAGGCUGCACAGAGUGUUCGAAUUCCAUCUGAUAUAAAGGUAUAUAAUCUUACUCAUCUAAAUCCAUCAACUGAAUAUGAAAUUUGUAUAGACAUUCCCACCAUCUACCAGCAGAAUAAAAAACAAUGUGUCAAUGUCACCACAAAAGGAUUGGACCUUGCAGUGAAAAAUUAUGAAAAGACCAACAUAAUAGAAUUCCUUGCCUGCCUUGGAGUUCUCUUGGGAGUCAUCUGUGUGGUAUAUCUCUACAGUUGCAUCUCACAAGAAAUUAACUGUGGUGCAGGACACAGCUAUUUAAGGAAUUACCUGAAGAAACAAUCCUUUUCACUCAAUGAGCUUUAUCCUCCUCUAAUCAGUCUUUGGGACACCGGCAAAGAGAAAAGCACAUCACUGGAAGUAAAAGCAACUGUGAUAGGAGUACCAACGAAUAUGUCAUGAAACACCAGUGUAAACACCAAUGUUGGAAAAGUACAAGACUGCAGUUGUGCUAAAUAAAAAGGCAAAAAAAAAAGUAUUACUCGUUAGAAAUCAGAAGUCUGGGCAUUGCUGCUGGUGUUGACAAAUAGGAAUAUUUACUGAUUCAGCAUAAAAAGGAUUUAAACUAACUGACUUCUAAGGGUAUUGUGCCAACCAAAUACAAUUACUCCAUUUUUUAGAACUUCCAUGUGACUUUUCAGUCUGGAAUACAGUGCAAGUAGCCAAGAACAUUUUCUGUAUUUUUUUUAAUUAAGUAAUAGUAGAACUGAGCAAUACCUCCUCCUGUGCUGUAUUACACACACUAGCAGUGUGUUUUUGCAAUGACCAGAUAAACUAGAAUUGACACGUGGUGUAAUGAA